GCUCUGGGCUUGGGGGCGGGGAGGGGGGGAUAUGGGGACCAAGGAAGAGCAUCCUAGAAGAAUUGAGACGGAGUUCUGCCCUGUCCUCGGCUGACCCAGCCUGUUCAGUGUCUCUUCCUGUCUCCCCCCUUCCUUCUUUCAAAACCACUGGGGCCCCGAAGAUUUCCUCUGGGGAGGGAGGGAGAAGCAGGUGGCGUGGUCCUCUGAAGCCUGAGACGCUGCCUUUUCUGUAGUCCCCACCCUCCCACCUGAAGCCACAGCAAAGGCCCACGAAGCCGGCCACCCAGCCACAAAAUUCCUCCUUCGAGCUUGCUGACUCGUGUGGUCUGAUGGGGCCAUUAAGAGCAUGGCCGCAGGCCAGAGCAGCGUGGUUCCUGGGGAGGAGGGGCCGAUUAGUGCGCUCGGCCUCCUGGGGUGUCUUCAAGGUACCCCGAGGGACACCCUGUGCCUGGAGAGUGCCAGCGCAGGCAGGGAGGGGCUCUGUCCUCUUCUGGAUUCCCGGAAAGGUUGGAAGGGUUCUGGCAGGCAGCACAGGCCUGGGUUCCAGGGCCUUCCAGGCUGACGUUUAGGGGAGGCACCCCAGGCUGCUGAGGUGCCCCACCUGGGCCCAGUGUCCCCCAGCCAUCUGACUGCACCAUCCACAAACUCUGUCGAAGGUGAGGAGAUGGGUGCCAACCGGGGCCCAGGCCGGGGCCCUCCCUUCAACACAAUCCACAUCUCACACAUAAGCUGACAACCUGCAGGUCUGCCGCUGAUGCCCGUGUUUGCGGGCGUUGGUGAAACACACUCAGAAGGCAGUGAGCUGACUUUCCCAUCUCCAGCUCUGCUUCUCGAGCAGACACUUGCCUUCCCGGGACCUGCAAGUGUCCGAGUUAAGUGACCAUGUUCCCACCCCAAGUACAUCCCCCCUGCCCGCCGAGGCCCAGCCCCCCAAACUCCCUACAGUGGCAGGCUAGCUUUUAGGGGGCUGUGGAUUAACCAUGGUCUUGCAGUACUAGGCAGGCAGUUUACCACUGAGCGAAAUCUCUACCCGUUAGUUCAUUCUAACUGCAUUUAUUUAUAGGUUUUUGUUUUUUCCAGACAGGGUUUCUCUGUGUAGCUUCAGCUGUCCUGGACUCGCUUUGUAGACCAGGCUGGCUUGGAACUCACAGAGAUCCUCCUGCCUCUGCCUUCCCUGAGUUCUGGGAUUACAGGAGUACGCCACCACUGUUCCCAGCUGUUAGUUUUAACUUGAAAAAUUAAAUUACUGGGUGUUUGCAGCCUGUGCUGCCUCUUGCUCCUGAGCGUCAGCCGAGGGGUGGGGGGAUGAGGAAUGAGGUUCCCAUACCAGGGCUCUUAGAGGGCAGGCCUCAGGCAAAUCCUGCAGCCUGCCCCUGUCCUGGGUGGUAAAGUGCUCCUAAGAGUGCGCCCUCUUCUGGAGGGGUGAAAACCCCUCAUGGUUCCAGGCCUGGCACUGUGGCAUCCUUGAAUCAGGCGCUCUCAGAAGUCCACUGAACUUCCCACUCUCAAGCUCCCCUUCCAGCGUCUGGUGUGAGAAACUGCUCACGACCUCAAAACAGAUCUGCACUCCCAGAGUGCAGCCAUAGGCGCUGUGCAGGCGGCAAGGGCGGCCUAGCUGGUUGACCUUCGGCUGGUUGACCUUUUGGAAGGUGCCAACCUGUGUGUUACCCAUGCCAAACAAUUAUGCCAAAAGAUAUCCAGGUAACAUGCCACAUACCGGAAGAACACGCUUACGAGCCCACUAUGAGGGGAAACAUCUCAUUCCCAAAAGAUUUCCCCCCCCCUUCUUCCUGUCAUCAGUAGUUCUGAAUGUUAGAUAUUUUCCCCACAGGGUCAGAAGGUACCUAAGUAUAUGAUCAUGAGUGGGAAAACAGGGGACAGAAUCAGGUUUUGGCAUUGUCUCCAUUUUCUUUUGUGUGUGACUUUGUUUUUUCGAGACAGAGUUUAUGUUUAGCCUUGGCUGUCCUGGACUCUAUUUGCCCUGGACUCAGAAAGAUCUGCCUGCCUCUGCCUCUCCAAGUGCUGAAAUUUACAGGCAUGUUCCACUGCCUGGCUUUUGUGUGUGGAUUUUUUUUUUUAAUAUAAAUACAAGAUGUAAAACAUUAACGAAAGACAAAGUCUCAGUGAACGUAUUUCAACAGUUCAACUUUUAUAACAAUUAUAAAUAAGCCUGUUAAGUUUCUGCACUGGGAGGCAGAGGCAGGCGGAUCUCUGUGGGUUUGAGGCCAGCCUGGUCUACAGAGCACACCCAGGGCAGCUAGAGCUGUUACAGAGAGAUCCUGUCUCAAAAAACAAAACAACCACCACAAAAGUUUCUGGAUGAGAAAAACAUUAAAUUACUGAGCUCUGCAUAGUGGCGCCCGCCUUUGAUACCAGCACUCAAGAGGCAGAGGCAGGUGGAUCUCUGAGUUCGAGGCCAGCCUGGUCUACAGAGGGAGAGUUCUCAGACAGGGCUACACAGAGAAACCCUGCCUCAAAAAAUUCAAAACAACAACAUUUAAAUUACUGUAUUUGUAAGUUGUGUGUGUGUGUGUGUACAUGUGUACAUGCCAGAGGGUACAUGUGACAAAGAACAACUUUCAAAGUCUGUUCUCUUUCCCCCCGUGGGUCCAGGAUCAAGCUUGGCGGCAAGUGUCUCUAAUGCGGGGCCAUCUCGCUUUGCUACUUUUGUUUUAAAAUGUUUCUGUUGGGAGGCAGAGGAAGGUGGAUCUCUGUGGGUUCCAGGCCAGCCUGGCCUACAAAGUGAGUCUAGGACAGCCAGAGCUAUACAGAGAAACCCUCCAUAAAAUCUUUGGGGGGGGGGGGAGGAGUUACUAUUUGUUCAUUACUUUUUCCAGUCCUUUCUCUCCGGCUCUACAAAUUCCUCCUUUGGCCCAGAUGGUCAUGACUCUAACCCGGGGUUUCCCUGGCUCUUACACACCCUCCUGGAAUCAUCUUUCCCAAACACCAUUUACGGUAUAUGUUACCACUGUCCGGUAUAUGUUACCACUGUCCGCCAGGCACACUGGAUACACUGGGCUGUGUGUGUUCCCAGGGCUGAGGCCUGGGUUCAUUCCUGUCCUUUCCAGCCCACUGAGCACAGAUCUGCCAUACUCUAGGAGGACAUCAGGCACUCCUAAGUGACCAAAACAUCCAUUUGAUCCCUCUCCUCCUUCUUACUCUCUUUGCUGGUUUGGUCUCUCCAUUCCCACGAGCCUAGUGCCUUCCUGGUGACCACCCAGGCCCUUUGUUUUUGUUUUUUGUUUGUUGAGAUAGGGUUUCUCUGUGUAGCCCUGGCUGUCCCAGACUCACUUUGUAGACCAGGCUGGCCUUGAACUCACAGAGAUCCGCUUGCCUCUGCCUCCCCGAGUGCUGGGAUUACAGGCAUGCGCCAGCUCCCCCAGCUAGGCCCUAUUUAUAAAACAUUUAUGUAUGUGUUUAGUGAGUGGACGCCAUGGCCAAAGGUGGCAGUCAUGGAGCAGCUUGUGGGGGUCAAUUCUCUCUUUGCCUUGUGGGUCCCCAGGUCAUCAGGCUCAGCAGCAAGCACCGUUGCCCACUGAACCAUCUUGCUGCCCAUUUUUCAUUGACCUCAGACCCUUCAGAGAUUGGAGGAAGGAGAAGGUGACAUCCAAGUUUCCUUCAGGGAGUUUGUGCUAAAGGGCAAACCCAGCAAACACAGGGCCGAGGAGCAAAGUGAGUGCCACCGUUGCUGUGGUCCCUGCUCCUGGGAGACAGAGCCACAGAGGCACGGAGGGGCUGUGGGUGUCACUAAGUUGGUACAGUGCUCGCCAAACAUGUAAAGGCCCUGGCUUCCUCCAUCCCCAGCAGCAGGAGGCACACACCAGUAACCCCAGCAGUUCAGGGGAUCAGAUGGGGAAGGUUAUCCUUGGCUAAGUAGAGAGUUUGAGAUUAGCCUGGGCUAGAGAGCCUGCUUUAAAAAAAAAAAAAAAAAAAAAAAAAAGAGUGUGUGUUGGUGGACACCUUUAAUCCCAGCACAGCACCCAGGAGGCAGAGGCAGGUGGAUCGUCCUGAGUUUGGGGCCACCCUGGUCUGCAAACAGGACAGCCAGAGCUAUUACACAGAAAAAAGUCAGGCUAGUGCGGAGUCUCUGCUUUGGCAUGCUCUGCACUAACAGUUUCUCACACACAACGAUCCUGUCUUCACAGCCGCCUCCUGACCUACCUGGAAAUGCACCUUCCACAGCAAGGCUCUGGCAAAUCUCAGCCCUAUUUUGAUCCCUUUGAGCGGCCUCCAACCUUUCCUAGGUUCUAUUGCUUAAUUAUGUCCUGUGUGUGUGUUCACCCCAUUUCCCCAGAGGCUGUAAACUCCUUCGUGGCAAAGACGCGUGUCCUUUCUCUAUCACUUACUUAGUCUAAGAGGGAAACCGGAGAUGGACACCCAGACCCACAGGCUUGGGUCCCGUCCUGGUUCUAGCACUUGGCAUUUGGGCUCAGGGUCCUCUCUGAGCCGCUCAGACUCCGGUCCUAAAGCUGUAAAAGGGGCUAAGAAUACGAGGGGCAAAGGUCACAAAGACCUGAAACGCUGGGACCGAGCUGGUGAGCAGCACGGAACAGUUUGUCCUCUUUCCGUGAAUGGCUGGGGCCUUCCAUGAAUUAGAGAACUAAGGCUUCCCCGAUUAGCGCCUGUUCUGGGGUAUCUGACAGUGAAUAAUUACAUAGACGGCUCAGUGGAUAAAGGCGCCGCCGCCGCCACCGCCUGACAGCAAGAACUGACGGCUACAAGCUGCCUGCCCUCCGGUCUCCGUAAGCACCCGAGUCUCCCCCCGAACACACACAAGUGUAAUGGAGAACAUUACGUCUAUUCCAGGAUCAUAUCCUGGGUGCAAGGCCCCUCGGCUCGGGUUUGUGACGACCUGUGAACCCGUGGGCUGGGAGAGAGCAAAAACAGUGCCCAAGAACGGUGCCCACCAGAAACCGCUGUCGAAUCAGAAAUCGAACACAAGGUGUCUCUCAUUUUCUCCGACACCAAAGCGAGUCAAAAAAAAAAAAAAAAAAAAGCCAAAAACAGAAAGGCCCCACCCCGCCGAGCCCCCAGACCAGCCGCACCCUGUCCUGGAGCCCCAGUCUGCGUGCAGUCCCCGGAGUCCGCUUGUUUCCAGCCCCACCUCCUAUUGCCUUGGAAACAGUGACGUUUGGGGGCGUGGCCUCUCUCCAUCCUCUCCAACGGCUUGAGCCGCGCCUUAGCGCAACCUGGGGGGCAAGGGGGGAGAUGAUAAGGUUCAAGUUGUAGGAUCCUCCUCCGCCCCUCGGAGGGAGAGAAGUGCGCGCGCGCCGGUCUGCGCCUUCCCGAGAGAGAGCGCGCGCAGCCUUUGCUCUCGGCAGUUCCGCUCAAGAUCGCCGGAGUGCGGGUCUGGGUCCCGGGGAACCUCCCCUGGCGAUCUAGCGGGGUCUGGAGACGUCAGCUUGGGUGUCUGGAGGCCCGCCGUGCCCUCCGUCCUCGACGCCGUCCGGGCAGCCCGUCCGGGCGCGGCCCCGCUCGUGCCGGGGCCCCCCAGGCUCUCUGCGCGCCCGGGGCGCGGGCGGGAAAGGGUUAAGCAAGGUGCCGGCGUAGGGCGCGGCGGGUGUGGAGGAGGGGAGCGGGGAGAAAGUGAGAGCGGGGGCGGGGGGGGGGGACCCGAGCGAAAGAACAUCCUGUGCAGCCGCCGGAUGAGGGGGGCGGGGGCGCGGGGGAGGCCGGGCGCCGCGCUCCGCCCCGCGCUCCUCCUCCGGGGCGCCGCCCGCUCCCGCGCUGCACGCGGCGGCCGCGGGUCCCUCCCCGCGCCGUCCCCUCGGCUCCAGCCCCCGGCUGCGGCCAGCGCGGGCGGUGUGGGCUCGGCUGGGAGGCGCGGGCGCCCCGGCCCUCUCCGCGGAGCACUGAUGGGGAGCACGGUCCCCCGCGCACCGCCGGGGCUCGCACCUUCCCCGGCCACUCCUGCCGGCUGCCCCGCCGGGGCCUGCGCCGAGGGUGGAAUCCGACAACCCUCCCGCUCCCGGGAUUAGAACCCGGAUCGGUGGCACCGCAGAGGGCUUCCCACUGGGUGGGGCGAGGCUCGACCCCGCCUCCCGGCUCCCAGUGGACGGGGCUCCGGAGAGAGGCCUCUCGGAAGUGAAGGUGGCCAAGCUUGGCUGCCCGAGUUCGAGCCCCAGGUCGCACGUGGGGCAAGGCGAGACCCACCCGUUCCCAUAACUUGAGCUCUGGCCGCCAUACCUGCGCCUGGGGACGCCUGUGUCCCCCAAGAUAACUUAAAACGUGGGGGAGCCGGGUGUGGUGGCUUUAAACCCGGCAGAGGCAGGAAGAUCGCUUGAGUUGAGGGCUCAGCUCCUGGAGUGCAUAAACUGUCUCAAAAAACAAAACAAAACAAAACCCAAAGUUUUUAAAAAAGGGGCUGGGGUGGGGGGCGACAGGGACUGUCCCUCACCUGAUGCAAUCAGGAAAGGGCGGGGCCGGCUCACAGGUGCCUGGGGCUCCGGCCAGCUUUUUGCAGUCCUGGUUAGCCCUGGACUGCUCUGGAAGGAAGGAUGACCUUGACCUUCCGAUCCUCCUACCUCCGCCUCCUUAGAGUGUCAGGGUUACGGCAGCGCACCGGCGCCUGCUGUAUACCAGGCCCCCGCGGAUCCUGGGGCCCUAAGGGCACUGAAACACCCACGGCCCACGCUUGGGUGGAGAGAAUGAGGAAGUGGCCUUGGGGGCAGCAGCUCGGGAACGUGGGCCCAGGGCGUGUGCCCGUGCCUUAUCGCUCGGGGAGGCCCUGAGGAGGCCUGGGAGGGAGCCACGCCUGCGCUCCAACCACGUGGAGCCCCCGAGUGACCGGUCAAGGUGCGUUAGGCCACGUAAAGCGCAGGUUCGGUCUCCACGCUGGGGGUCCGGGUCCCUUUCCACCGGUAGUGGAUGCGAAACACACAAAUAGCAUAGAACCAAGUGGCCGAACUGGCCCUGAGUCAUGGCAGCGUGACCCGUGACCAGCGUCCGUGCUGGCGUCAGCUAGACCGACCUGCACUGACCACCUGGAGAACACCAACCCCGGAAGCUGAAGAGCUACCCCGCGCUGGGGGCUGGGGCAGGCUGCAAGGUGCCCUCGCCCGCCUGUGGUCCAGCCCCGAGUUCAGUUUGCAGCUCCCGAUAAAGUUGACAGGACGCACCCUGUGAUGCUAGCGUCCAGAUGGCGCAGGGAAGGCUGGAAAUGCAGGGCACCCUCAGCUACAUGACCCGAGUUCGAGGCCAGCCUAGGCUAGCCUGCCUCGAAAGCUGGCUCAGCAGUUAAGAACACCGGUCUCCUACAGAGGACCCAGGUUCGAAUCCAGUCACCCACAUUGCACUACUCUCAACUGUAACUCCAGUCCCAGGGGUUCCGAUGCCUUCUGCUGACCUCCACCGGGACCAGGUACUCACGUACCAUGCGAUCAAAAUUUGAAAAACAAAAAAGGGAACUGGAGAGAUGGCUCAGAGCUGCUCUUCCAAGGGUCCUGAGUUCAAUUCCAGCAACCCCAUGCAUCUAUAAUGAGAUCUGGUGCCCUCUUCUGGCCUGCCGGUGUACAUGCAGAUAGAGCACUGUGUACAUAAAAUAAUCUUGAAAAAAAAACAAAACCAAGUUGCCAGGGAGAUCACCCAGGCACGGGGGAGCAGAGGCCUCGUCCUAAGUCUCCGUCAGAAUAAAGGAAGCCCUUCCUGCCUGGCUGGAUGGCCUGACCUGUCAUCCUCAUUACUCCGGAGGCUGAGGGACUCAUUGUGUCGCUUGGACACAAUGCAGGCACAACACAGCUGCCCCCACCCAAAGCCAACAAGGCAGCUGAUAAGGCCUGGUGCCUCAGCCCAAGGCCCAGGUUUGACUCAGAGCACCACAAGGGGAAAAAAGAACAGAGAAAGCCUGGUUGCCCCUCCCCGAUCCUCCCCUCCACCCCACCCCCCAAAAAAAGAGCUGAUGAAGAUGUCACCCUGAGGAUGACCAUCCACUCCCGUCCGGAGGCAGAACCAGAAGCAGUGAGCUCCGGAAGUGUCAGGCCAGAGACUAGUCUAUCGAGUUUUGUUUUUUUUUCCCUCCUAGACAAGGUUUCUCUGUGUAGCCCUGGCUGUCCUAGAGCUUGCUCUGUAGACCAGGCUGGCCUCGAACUCAGAGAUCUGCCUGCCUCUGCCUCCCCAGCGCCGAGAUUAAAGGCGUGUGCCACCACGGCCCGAGGGUCUUUAGUCUUGAAAGAGCAGGUGUGGGCUGUGGCUCCGUGGUUAAAGCACACUGAAGUACAACUCUCCGGAAGCCGGGUAAAUGCCAGGUAAACAUGCUCCCCUUUCGAAUCCAGCCUCUGAGGGCAGACACGGCAUCACCAGAGUAAGCUCGCCGGCUAAUCUAGCCUUUCUUCUCGUGCUCUGGGUUUAUUGAGAGACCCUACCUUAGUGAGGUGAAAGAGUUCAGCUGACACGCCCGGGAGGAAGAGAAUUGCCUCCGUCAGAUCGGCCAGUGGCCACGCCUGUGGAGCGUUUUCUUGAUUGCUAACUGACGUAGGAGGCGCCAUUCCUAGGCAGGUGGGGUGCGGCUGUAUAAAAAGGUUAGCUGACCAUGAGCUAGUUUAAAAAAAAAAAUCCCGUGGUUUCUGCUUUCAGUUUCUGCCUUGAUUUCCCUAAAUGAUGGACUCUGGCCUGAAAGUAUAAGCCACACACAGACCGUCUCCUCCCCGAGCUGUUUGAAGGUUUUGUUUUAUUUUCUUAUUUGUUUUUCAAGACAGGGUUUCUCUGUGUAGCCUUGGCUGUCCUGGACUCACUCUGUAGACCAGGCUGGCCUGGAACUCGCAGCGAUCCGUCUGCCUCGCCUCCCGAGCACUGGGAUCACAGGCAGAAAACUAGGACAAAGAAUGAUCGUAGACCUCAACCUUGAGCCUCCCCGUGCGUGCACACUUGUGCUCUGACACUUGCUGGCCCCCACACACAGGCACCCCACACACAUGCACACACACACUGGGCGACAGAUGUGAACUUUUCGGAACCAGCUUGGUUGGGGUCAGAAAGCGAAGGAAGGCUGGAUGAGACGGGGGGGGGGGAGGAGGGACACACACACACACACACACACACACACACGCAGCCUCAGGUCAGCCAAAGUGGGUGGCUGUGUUCCCGUCCCGAGCUGGUGGGAAGUGACUGGCCAUUCCACAGCAGUGGAGUCUCCAAGGGCCUCUGCUGCCUUCCUUGCGUUCCUUGUUUCGUGGAGUCCCUGUGGCUCCCCGACUCAGGCCAGGCAGGUCUCCAGGACUGGCCCUGGUGGCUAGCGACAGGAGAGAGGACGGGAAGACAGUGGGCGCAGGAGUGUCCACUGGAGAGAUGGCUCAGAGGUUAAGAGCACUGGCUCCUCUUCCAGAGGUCCCGAGUUCAGUUCCCAGCAACCACAUGGCGCCUCACAACCAUCUGUAGUGAGAUCUGGCGCCCUCUUCUGGUGUGCAGGUGUACAUGCAGACAGAAGACUGUAUACAUAAGCAAAUAAAUCUUUUAAAAAAAUGGCAAUACGGCAGAGGUCAACAAACAGGUAUGGAAGCUGCUGGCGGGCUUCCCCUCAGCUCCCCUCAGGAAAGACACCCCAAGGCCCGAGCCUGGAAGUGGGCCUCUGCCCUCCUCUAGGGGAACAUAGGGGUAGUGGCCCCAGCCACCCGCCUAUAAACUCCAUCCCGGCUCAGAGAAAAAGGCGCUGGAGAAAUACGUGACUGUGAUCAAGGUACAUGGCACACGCGUGUGAAGAUUUCUUAGUGGAACCCCUCGUUUGAACAAUGUGUGUGUGCUAAUUGCAUGUAUGUGUGCGGUGGCGCGCACCUUGGGUCCUGAGGGGCAGAGGCAGGCGGAUCUCUCUGAGUUCGAGGCCAGCCUCGUCCACAGAGUGAGUUCCAGGACAGCCAGGGCUCCACAGAGAAACCCUGUCUCAGAAGACAGACAGACAAAAGCCAGGCACAAAAGCCAGGUCUGAGCGCUGGAGACCUGGGGACACAGGACCGCCUGGGCUUGCUAGGGACCUGCAGGAGCCAAGCUGGUGAGCCCCAGCUUCUGUGAGAGCUCCUGCCUCGGGUAAGUAUGAUGGGGAGGGGCCCCGAGGGCGGCCCGGCCGUUAGGCGUGCACGCUGCCCGCGCAGGGGUCCCGAGUUCAGUUCCCAGCACCCACACCUGCCAUCACAGUAGGUGAUGAGACGCGGAGGCGGCUCCGGGCCGCGCACCCACGCGUCCACAGAUGCGCACGCUCUCGCGGCAGGGUGAAGGGGCGGAGGGAAAAGCGCACCCGCGCCCAGACUCCACCCCGAGCCCGAGCAACGGACCCCACCAGCCUCUGAGCCGGCCGGAAAGCCGGCCAGCCCCUGCGUGGGAGCCCCCGCCGGCCCCCGCGAGCAGGCCCGGGUAGGCGUGUGCGCGCCGUCCGGGCCCGGGUAGGCGCUCCCGGAGCCGGAGCGCCCCCUGGUGGUGCCGCGCGCUCGCCACCGCCCGUCCGCGCCCCGCUAGGCGCUCCCGGAGCCGGAGCGCCCCCUGGUGGCGCGAGGAGCCGCGCGCGCUCGCCACCGCUCAGCGCCCCGUCGCCAGCCUCUGGUCGCUGCAAACGCUUCCCUGAGUGGGAGGAAGGGACCGGUAAGGAUCUGGCACCCCUGUGGUGCCCUUGGCGGCAGAGGCGCCCCCAGACGUGGUCUUUAAAGUUGCGCCUGGCCCUGUUCACCCGGCCCCGUCCCACCAUCCUGGGAGCUGCAAACCCUGCAGCUCCUUCCGCCCGGUUGGGCUGUCAAGACCCUCCUGUCCUCGUCACUUCGGAGUUGCCCAAAUUUCUUUGUGUCUUCGAUCAAAAUUGGCUUGAGUAUUCAGUACUGGGAGGCAGAGGCAGGUGGACGUCCUCCCCUCCAACCCCUCCAUCCUCACAGAAACCCCAGUGGAACCUACUGCUUGGUUCAGGAUCCCUCACUUGUCAGUUCAGCAGCAGCUCCCCUUCGCCCCGUGGUACCCAACCCCUCCAUUCUCCUCUCCACCGUCCCCCCCAGACACCGCCCCCCUUGACCCACAGACAGAAAACGUCUCCAUCUUUACUCAGACUAAGCAGACGCUCACAACGCACAUGCUUCUCUGUAAAUCGAUGGGACCAUCCUAACCCAGGGGUUCAGGACACCCCACGUUUAUUUGGCCAGGCUCUGGCCUCUUACCCACUCUCUUUGUCUCUUCCCAGAUCCAAGCCUUUACAACGCAGAGGUGAUCCUCUCCUUCUUAGUCCACCCCUGAAGAUUGGCCAGGCCGACACCUCUACCGCAUUAAACCUUCUGUCCAGCUGGGGUCAUAGGCUCUGGCCCUCCGAGGUCUGGCCCUUCUCAGGCUGCUGAUCUGGGAUUAGCCAUCAUUCCAACUCACAGGGCCGUUAUCCUAGAUAGAAGACACUUAAUUCGGUCGCUCGCAGUGCCCACCACCAAGGAAAACAUUCUGCCUGUCCUAGGGCUGGCUAGCUUCUUACCUUCCUGGAUUCCUUCUUGCUCCCUUCUUGCCUGGCCCCUGUAUGAAGCAGCCCUUGGCCCCUCACACAGACCCCUUCCUGUACCCAUUAGGAUCCAUCUUGUACACUUCCUUAGGCCCUCCUCCAGACCCCGGCCUGACACCUUCCAGACUUAAUUCACCCCCUUCUUUCACCACAUUCUAGAAAAGGAGGGUCAUGCCCUUGGGGUCCUGGGUCACCAGCUAGGAUCUUCCCUUGCUCUGAUGCAUGCUUUUUAAACAGUGGCCUUUCCUACCAGAGGGCAAGCCCCUGGCCUGGGAGCUCUGGCCGCCACUGAACUUACAUACAAAACACAAAGGGUUUGGGCCACCCUCUACAGGCGUCCCUUUUCACCACGUGUAACGCCCCCUAACAUACAGGGCCUCCAACAUGACCCGGGGUUCUCUCUCUUUCUGGUAGCACUAGCAGACAAUGCUGUGCGUGCCUUCCAGCCAGGCCCACAUCCCAGCAUUUCACACUGACUCAGGUCACUGACUGUCUCUCCAGCCCAUCUGUUUCUGCCGGAGGCCUCCGCUGCCCAGCGCGUCAACCAGAGCCUGCCCCGUCUCGUCGGCAGCUUCUUCCCUCCACCUGCUCCCAACAUUCCUUCCUCCUUGCCCACUCAGUGAGGAGCCUUUCUCUGGCUCCUGGGGCCUGCUCAGUUCUCCGGAGCCUCCCGCGUGAGAAACUCUCCAGUCAUUAAAAGACGUGCUCCUCCCCCUCUCCUGGAACCCUCCCUACCUCCUCCCUCCCCCGCCCCCAGGCGCUGCCUGCUAAGCCACACAGGGUCCUUAGGCCCUUCUUGGCCCCUUGCCCGUCCUGUCCCUCCGCUCUGUCCUGAAAUCUCCCAGCUUCCCCUGGCCUCCUCUGUCUCUCAGCCCCCACUUGGAGCUUACAGAAAUUCCCUCCAGCCGGGCCUGCGACCCUUCCUCUCUUCUGCCAAGGACUCAGAUCUUCUUAAAGCCCUGCUCUGCCAUCACCGACAGGUUGGCCUCGGUCAGACGGCCAGAACCCGCAAGCUCGGUUCCUCAGUGACGGCCACUUCCGUCACUGCCCAACCAAAACUGUUCCGAAGAAUUUGCUCUUUCAUAUUCUAACUAAGGGCCCGUAGAUGGGAGCCAGGGGUCCCUGGUAAACCGAACCACAGCAUUCAUCACAGCUCCCCAUCACACACAACUUCUCUCAACCUCCAGACCACUGCGUAGCAGCUGCUGAAUGCCUGGCCGCUUUGGAGAAUGUUGGUUGAGUACCAGCCCCUCGCUGUGAAGGCGAGGCCUGCUGCACUCAACUGCGCCCUGAUGGCGAAAAUCAAACUUCCCCAAGGACCUCCACACCCCAACUCAGCAGGGAGCAGGCUGAUGACAACAUCGCCCGCUUUCCAGCCCCCCCAUUGUAGGACUACAGGGUGAUGGAGGAUAAAAGGGCAAAGGAAAGUAACACCUUGACUCAAACGUGACCCCCAGACCAGGGCCAAGGAAGGACUACCUGGACCACACUUGACCCCAAGGCCAAGGCCAGGGACAAGAAACAGAAUCCUACCAACCCCCAAGCUUGCCACAAAAACCCUGCCAAUCCCUGAGCGCACCACAGAAACCCACCGGUCCUCACCCUGGAAAGCUCUGACUGCCCCCUGCCCCCCAAGAAAUCCUAUAUCAGCCCCGCCUUUUGCUCAGUCCCCUGCUGCUGCUCAGCCCCAGAGAUGACACGUCCUGAGUUUCCCCCGCCCAGACAGAUGGUACAAGUGAGGUUUGCUGUAAGGUGAGGCUUUGUGGUAUCCCUUGGUUCCCUAUUGCCAAGGGCACCUCACAGUUCACAGUGUAGCCCCUCCUGAAGCAGGGUGGCCCGCUUUCCCUGAGGGAAACCUGGCCUGGCACAGCAGAACUGUUACACUGUAGCCGGGAAGGCACCCUCUCCCGGAGCAGAACCGUUACACUAGCAGGGGAAACAUUCCCCUGCCGCAGUGCAGCUGAGCACAGCCAUAACGCUUCAGCUAGGAAAAGCCUUUCCCUUUCACACCUGGAGUGCGCCCUGGAGGUAGAGGCAGGAGGGCCAACCGAGGUUGUUCUUAAGACAGUAAGACGGAAGCCGGCCUAAGUGGUAGCUUACCUCAGAGACUAAAUAAGAGGCGGAGAGAGGGCUCAGUGGUAAAGAGCACUUGCUGCUCUUCCGGAGGCCUCAGGUCUGCUCGCUGGAUCUCACGCCCGGCAGCUGGCGAUUGUCGGUACCUACAGCUCUAGCUCCGUGGGGACCCAUGCGCACGUGCGUGACACACCUAAUUCACACCUCAUUUAAAGAGCCGGGAGUGGUGGCACCCCCCUUUAACUCCAGCAAGGGGGAGGCAGAGGCAGGCAGAUUUCCGAGUCCCAGGCCAGUCCGGGUUACAUGGUGAGACCCUGCUAAUAAAUAAAGAAGUGAUGCCGAUAGAAAGCUUUGCCGUGAUGGGACCACGGGCUUGCCCGUGUAGGGCAGGUGCUGCUUCUGAGCCCCACUCCAGCCCUCCCUACCUUAUACCCCCAGCCUCCGGCUUCCUCUUGGCAGCCUCCCAAAGCCGAAUCUUCUCUGCUUCGGAGCACUCUGGGCCUGUUUCCCCAAGGGCCAUCCUUGACCCCAGCAUCCCCAAGUUCCCUUUGUUGCCUAGUUCCAAUUCUAGCGCCCUGGUUCUCGGCCCUGCCAGGGUUCUGGUUCUGGAAUGUUCUCCCCAGGAGCCCCGGGCCUAGCUCCCACCUAAACACAAGACAGCACUGAAGACAUGGGAAAGACCUUUCCCCGGUGCCUGCAGCAACUGGACUUCCGCAAGAGCAUUGUGGGCCUAGUCACAGGCGCCGGGGCCCUCUACCUGCUGUACAAGGCCGUCAGGGCGGGCAUAAAAUGUACACCGCCCCUCUGCUCCAAUUCGCCCAUCUGCAUCGCCCGCCUGGCCAUCGAGCGAGAGCGCCACGGGCGGGACUCUGGCGAGAUCCGAAGACUUCUCAAUUCUCUAGAGUGCAAACAUGAUGAGUACGUCAAGAGCAUGAUCCUGCACAGCAUCACCCGCUGUGUGUACUUGCUGGAGACUGAGGCCUCCGCUUGCACUACGGAAGACAUCUGCUUGGUGGGUGACAUGCUGGACGACGCGGACAACAGUGUCAAGAUCCAAGCUCUGAAUGCACUGAAAGCUUUCUCUGGCAUCAGGAAAUUCAGGCUCAAAAUCCAGGAACACUCCAUCAAGGUGCUGGAGCUGCUCUCCACCAUCUGGGACACGGAGCUGCACAUAGCCGGCCUUCGACUCCUCAACAACCUCCCGCUCCCGGACUACGUCCACCCACAGCUGCGGCGCGUGAUGCCCGCCCUGAUGGAGAUCAUGCAAGCGGACUAUAUCCUGGCACAGGUACAAGCCGUCCGCUUACUGAGUUACCUGGCACAGAAGAACGACCUUCUCUACGACAUCCUCAACUGUCAGGUACAUCCCAACUUCCUGAGCCUGUUCCAGUCCACCCAGCCGGGAAGCCUGCUGUUCGAGGUGCUGGUGUUCGCCGAGCGCCUGAGCGAGGGCCGGAACUCCACCCACUACCGCGCGGUGAAGUGGCAUUACCACGAGCAGUCCCUGCACGAGGCCCUCUUCGGGGACGAGUCGAGGCUGGCGGACCGGCUGCUGUCCCUGGUCAUACACCCCGAGGAGGAGGUGCAGAUCCAGGCCUGCAAGGUCAUCGUGAGCCUGCAGUGUCCGCAGGACGUGGGCUGCCGGCCGUCCAGCUGCCGGCCGUCUCCCUGCCGGCCCAGCCAGUCCUACUUUCAGAACGGGGAGUGACGAGAACGAGAAACCAAUAAAUGCAUACGGGAGGGAAGCGUGA